CUAUAUGGGUUAAGCCUUUCAACUUUUCCCACUAUUUUGUACAAGUCAUGUAUUUUAUUAUAGCUAAUGAUAAUUCAAGUAAAAUGUUUAAUUGGUUUGGCAAAUACAACGUUUACUUAUAUUUUAAGAGGCCCAGAUAAGAUUUGAAAAUUAUACAAACAAAAAUGUGAGCUAUCUCAGCUGAUUUAGUUGGAAAGAAACAUUCGAAUUGUGAGUACAAUUAGCUAGACAAAUCAUGGGGGAUGUUAAGAACGACGUCGAUGUUUUAGUCUAUGGUUCGGCUAUUGUGGAUUUUAUUUGUUACGUAGAUCGUUUGCCGAAGGAAGGAGAAACAAUACGUGGCCACAAAUUUGAGAAUGGAUUUGGUGGCAAGGGUGCUAACCAAUGUGUUGCGGCAGCUCGACUGGGAUCUAAAUGUGCCUUGAUAGCCAAAGUAGGCAAUGAUACUUGGGGCGAAAAGUACUUAGAGAAUUUGCAAAAGGAGGGUGUCAAUACACGUCACGCAAAAGCAUGUGAGGGAAAAAGUACAGGUAUAGCCCAAAUAGCUGUAUCAAAUGAUGGGGAAAACAAUAUCAUUAUUGUUACCGGUGCUAAUGAUUGCCUUGAUGGCAGUGAUGUUCAUGAAGCUGGAUACUUAUUUGAUUCCGCUCAAGUACUACUGUGCCAAUUGGAGACUUCUGUUGCGGGGACUUUGGAAGCCCUAAAACGAUUCAAAGGAAUAUCUGUACUUAAUGCUGCUCCUGCUAUGACAAACACUCCCAAGGAACUAUUGCAAUCAGCUUCAAUAUUAUGUGUAAAUGAAACUGAAGCGGCCCUAAUGACACAAACUGAAGAUAUUAAGACAUUGGAACAAGCAAAGCUGGCAACAAAGAAGUUAAUGGAAAUGGGAGCAAAUACCGUUAUCAUAACUUUAGGAUCUCAAGGUGCUGUCUACUCGGAGAAAGGGAACUCUGAAAAGUGUUACCAUGUGCCGGGACAAAAGGUGGAUAAAGUCGUUGAUACCACAGGGGCUGGUGAUGCCUUUCUAGGUGCCCUAGCCUACCACAUGGCAAAAUAUCCCGAAAAAUCAUUACAUCAACAUAUUGGCUAUGCCAAUUUGCAAGCAUCCUACUCUGUCCAAUACCCCGGCACACAGUCUAGUUUUCCAAAGGCCCAAAGUUGCCCAUCCACAUCUCAAGAAUUUCCCUAUCAAGCCAUUUAACUUAUCUAAUUGUGAGAGUACACAAAGGAAACACCUUACAUUAAAAUAAAACACUUUUAUUAAAACACA